UACAAUUAAAAAACUAAAAUUUGUUGUCCAGUAGUUGGGCCAACUUCACUGAGACAGGGCUUGUAGUUACAAAUUAUUGGUGUAAAUUUGUAGUGGAUAAAAAUAACUUGAAAAUGAUACUUUACAAUUCUGUUAAUUUGUUAUUCCAAUAAAACGUCAGAAAUCGUCGAUAUCUAUAUUUUUUACUGGAAAAUGCAUUACCAUAUAUGGCACAUCUAUUUUUGCCUUAUUAAAACACGUUCACUGCGAAAGACGCUGAUCCGCGUCCGACCGAUACUGUGGUGUUGUCACCCACAGAAAAAUCUUUAAUAGGGUUUCAAGACAUGUUUCGUGUUACUGCACGAAAAAAAAAAAACGAGAUAGAAGAAGAAAAUGUAUAUAUGAAAUAGUUUUCAAUUACACAACUCACAUCCAAUAGGCUUACGACGCGAAUCCGCGCUUCGCUUGUGCAGCGCUUAAAAUCGUUUAGCCGCUACCGUGCGCGCGGCGCGAGGCAGGUCGCAGUGAACGUGUUAACAAU